AUGGUCAAAUUCCAAACGAGCAUCCAACGGCUCAGAGAUGACCUCCACCCUGAUUGUUCCACGUGUUACACCAUUUUUUUCACACAUCUGGCGGAGUUUCAUUUAUCAUUUUAUUAUUGUUGCCGCUCUCCUGGACUGGAGCAUUUUAUACUAGUUUAUACUGGCGGCAGUGCUGCUCUGCCUCCUUUCAGUCCUUUGCUUGUUGAAUUCCAUCCAAUUUCCGAUUCUUUAAUUCUCGCUGCGCCAGUAGAGUUUCCUAGGUUUUUGGCGAUGGGGAAAGACAUUCGAUUCUUCGAACUCAACACCGGAGCCAAAAUGGCGUCUGUAGGUUUGGGAACUUGGCAGGCUGACCCCGGUGUCGUCGGCCAAGCGGUUGAUAUCGCCGUCAAGGUUGGAUAUCGUCAUAUCGACUGUGCUAGAGCUUACAGCAAUGAGAGUGAGAUUGGUUCCGUUUUGAAAAAGCUGUUCCAAGAUGGUGUCGUCAAGAGAGAGGAUUUGUUUAUUACCUCGAAACUUUGGAGCAAAGAUCAUGCUCCGGAAGAUGUUCCUGUGGCACUUGACAAAACAUUACAGGAUUUGCAACUUGACUAUGUUGAUUUGUACCUUAUUCAUUGGCCUGCCCGGAUGAAGAAGGACUCAAUUGGCUUUAAGCAUGAAAAUUUUGUUCCAUCUGAUAUACCUAGCACCUGGAAAGCUAUGGAAUCCCUUUACGAUUCUGGUAAGGCCCGAGCUAUAGGGGUUAGCAAUUUCUCAACGAAGAAGCUUGGAGAUUUGUUAGCUGUAGCCAGGGUUCCUCCUGCUGUUAACCAGGUGGAAUGCCAUCCUUCGUGGCAGCAGCCAAAAUUGCGGGAAUUCUGCGAAUUAAAGGGAAUUCACCUCUCUGGAUAUUCACCUCUAGGCUCCCCUGGCACAACGUGGAUCAAGGGUGACGUUCUUAAGCAUCCAGUUACAGUUUCAGUUGCAGAGAAGUUAGGCAAAACUCCAGCACAAAUUGCCCUCUGUUGGGGUCUCCAGAAGGGCCAUAGUGUGCUUCCGAAGAGUACUAAUGAACAACGAAUCAAAGAGAAUUUGGAUGUUUACGACUGGUCCAUACCCGAUGAUUUGUUUGCCAAGUUCUCUGAAAUUGAGCAGGAAAGAUUGCUAAAGGGUUUAUCAUUUGUGCACGAGACUUUCUGCGAAUACAAAACUAUCGAAGAGCUCUGGGACGGCGAGAUCUGA